UUUCCUUUUUACCCUUUUUAGCAUUUUCUUUUUCUUUCUUUUUUCUGCAGAGAAAACAAAGGGAAUAGAACACAAGAGGAAACCCCUCUAUAUUUGGUGCAACUACUCUCUCUUUCCGUUGUUUUCUCUUCAAAUUAAUCCCUGUUCCUCUGUUUUGUGGGUACGUUUCAUCUUGGUUUUUUUACGCUCAUUCUAUACAUUGGAAUCAAAUAUCAUCUGGAUUCCCAAUUUUUUGGCCUUUUGUUGUUUGUUGCCCACAUUCAGCUGCGUGUAAGAUAUCUGUGUCAUUGAUAUUCAAACACCCAUCUUUUUUUUCCUGGUCCACUCUUAUUAAUUGAAAGAGCAUCAUUAGAUAAUUCUGAUCACUGGUUAAUGGAAUGUGCGUCUGUUUACUAUCUGUCCCUUGCGGAUGUUGGGAAAUAAGAAAAAGGUGAGAUUUUCGGUGUGAGCUGUUCUGAGAUAGAUUAUGUAGGUAUAGGUUUGGAUGGUGUGGUUUCAGAUAGAAUGAAUGAUUAGCUGGUUCUUGGUUUUAUCAAUGUGAUCUUAAUGAUUUUUUGGGCCUAAUUUGCAUUGCUUUGUUCGCCACUCAUUUGUUGCAUCAGCUCUGGGGAGACUGGCUAAUUGUGAUUGAUUCAAAAUCUACCUGUUUCCAAGCCUAUAUUGGAGUAUGGAGAAAUGAUGAGUUUGUAUUAGGUGUUUGUUACUGGUUCAGCAUUGACAUGGUUGAGAGAAAUGCACAUUCAAUGGGGAUUUUUGGCCGAAAAUCCUUGUUUUGUUUGUUUGCGGUUACAUCUGUUUUGUUCAUGUUGUCUUGGUCCUUUGUGCUGCGUUCAGCUGGUCGGCCUCACUUUGUUGAUCUGAAUAUACUACCCAACUCCAAGCUUCUUGCCUUGGCAGAUGAUGGGAAUUCCCGGUCUAGGAGUCAGAGAGAUGGUGAGGUCCCUAUAUUAGUUGAUAAUAAUAAUGCACCAAAAAAGUAUAACUUGUUUAAGUGCAAUCCUAGUAACCAAGUUCUUAAAGUUUUUAUGUAUGACCUGCCUCCUCAGUUUCAUUUUGAACUCUUAGGAUGGAAGGCUGAGGGAAAAAACAGUAUUUGGCCCAAUAUCCGCAAUAAGGUUCCUGAGUAUCCAGGUGGAUUAAACUUGCAGCACAGUAUAGAAUAUUGGUUGACGUUGGAUCUUCUCUAUUCUGAAAUUACUGACAAUUUGAAUGGUAGAAGUGCCAUAAGAGUGUAUAAUUCAAGUGAAGCUGAUGUCAUUUUUGUACCAUUCUUUUCGUCAAUCAGCUAUAAUCGGUUUUCAAGGCUUAAGCCACACCAAAAAACAAGCAUGAAUACCUUACUACAGGAAAAAAUGGUUACCUUUUUAACUGCUCAAGAGGAAUGGAAAAGAUCAGGGGGGAAAGACCAUAUUAUUGUCGCCCACCAUCCGAAUAGUCUUUUGGAUGCAAGAGUGAAGCUUUGGCCUGCAAUGUUUAUUCUUUCUGAUUUUGGAAGGUAUCCUCCAAGUGUAGCUAAUGUUGAAAAGGACAUAAUUGCACCUUAUAAGCAUGUAAUCAGGAAUUAUUACAAUGACACUUCUGGUUUUGAUAGUCGACCAAUUCUUCUUUACUUCCAAGGAGCUAUAUACAGAAAAGAUGGUGGGUUUAUCAGGCAAGAAUUAUUCUAUAUGUUGAAAGAUGAGAAAGAUGUUCACUUCUCUUUUGGGAGCGUUCAAAAGGAUGGUAUAAAACAAGCUACAGAGGGAAUGCACUCCUCCAAGUUCUGCCUUAACAUUGCUGGUGACACUCCUUCAUCGAAUCGCCUCUUUGAUGCGAUUGCUAGUCACUGUGUACCAGUCAUCAUUAGUGAUGAAAUAGAGCUCCCCUAUGAAGAUAUUCUUGACUAUUCAGAGUUCUGCAUAUUCGUUCGUACCUCAGAUGCUCUCAAAGAAAAAUUCCUCAUAAACCUCAUUAGGAGUAUUAAGAAAGAAGAGUGGACUAGAAUGUGGGCUAGGUUAAAGGAGGUUGAAAAUCUCUUCGAGUAUAGAUAUCCUUCUAAGGAUAAUGAUGCUGUUCAAAUGAUCUGGCAAGCCAUUGCGCGUAAGGUUCCUGCUGUUAACUUGAAGUUGCAUAAAUCCUGGAGAUUUUAUCGGAGCCCUUGGAAGGAAAGAGGGUUGAAAUCAACUCUGUUGCCCAAAAAUUUUUGGUAAGCACUUACCGAGUAGUUCUUGUAUUCGGUAUGUCUUAGCAGCAUAUUAUUUAUACAUAUUUUGGAACAAAGCCAAGUGUAGCAGACAAUAGAUAUAAGGAAACAUAGUAAGUGAAAGAUAGAAAAAAGAAAGUUAUGUUAUAGGCUUAUGCUUGUUGAAUCAUUCAUUAUUCUUUAUC